GACACUGUUUAAAGUACAUUACAAGUACGGUAUGAAUCGAAAAACCAGAAUUUUGACAGGAGAAGAAGGAGAAAGAAAGUAUGUAUAGUAAUAAUAGAGUAGAAGUGUUUCAUGGAGAUGGAAGAAUUGGAGAAAUGGAGAUAUACCCAUCAAGGGAAUUGCAGCAGCAGCACCAAGAAGAUGAUGUGAUGAAGCAGAGGAAGAAGAAACAGAGGGAAGUAAUGGAGGAAGCCAAGAUGGGAAUCAGAAUAAACCACUUUUCUCAAUCUGGCGAGAGGUGUACUCCUCUUGCAGUACUUACUACAAUUUCAUCUUGUGGUCUCUGUUUCAAAUUAGAAGCUUCACCUUCUUCGCCUCAGGAGCCACUAAGUCUUUUCUACUCGUCCUGUCUCAGGGACAACAAGACGGCAGUAAUGCUCCUGGGUGGAGAAGAGCUCCAUUUGGUUGCCAUGUACUCGGAACAUAUCAAGAAUGACCGUCCUUGUUUCUGGGCAUUUAGUGUUGCUCCUGGAGUCUACGAUUCCUGUCUUGUCAUGUUGAAUAUUAGAUGUCUGGGUAUUGUCUUUGAUCUCGAUGAAACCCUUGUAGUGGCGAAUACCAUGCGCUCAUUUGAGGAUAAGAUUGACGGGUUGCAGCGGAGAAUAAACAAUGAGAUGGACCCUCAACGCCUUGCCGUUAUGGUGGCUGAGAUGAAGCGAUAUCAAGAUGACAAAAAUCUAUUGAAGCAAUAUGUUGAAAGUGACCAGGUUGUUGAAAACGGGGAGGUGAUCAAGGUGCAAUCUGAAAUUGUUCCUGCCUUGUCUGACAACCAUCAGCCUCUUGUUCGUCCCCUGAUAAGGUUGCAAGAGAAGAAUAUUAUCCUGACUCGCAUUAACCCGAUGAUUCGUGAUACAAGUGUUCUUGUAAGAAUGAGGCCUUCAUGGGAGGAACUUCGAAGCUAUUUGACAGCAAAAGGGCGCAAGCGUUUUGAAGUAUAUGUUUGCACAAUGGCUGAAAGAGAUUACGCCUUAGAGAUGUGGAGGCUCCUUGAUCCAGAAGGGAAUUUGAUAAACACAAAUGAUUUGCUGGCUCGCAUUGUUUGUGUGAAAUCUGGUUUAAAAAAAUCACUGUUCAAUGUGUUUCUGGACGGAACGUGCCAUCCAAAGAUGGCAUUGGUAAUUGAUGAUCGACUGAAAGUUUGGGAUGAGAAGGAUCAGCCGAGGGUGCAUGUGGUUCCUGCAUUCGCUCCCUAUUAUUCUCCUCAAGCUGAAGCUGCUGCAACACCAGUACUAUGUGUUGCCAGAAACGUUGCUUGUGGUGUCAGAGGUGGAUUUUUCAGGGAUUUUGAUGAUAGUCUGCUACCAAGGAUUGCUGAAAUAUAUUAUGAGAAUAAUGUUGAGGAUAUUCCUUCUCCACCUGAUGUCAGCCAUUAUUUGGUGUCGGAGGACGAUACAUCGGGUUUAAAUGGGAACAAAGAUCCACUUUCCUUUGACGGGAUGGCUGAUGCUGAAGUGGAGAGAAGACUGAAGGAGGCAAUUUCUGCAUCUUCAGUUGUCCUUCCGGCGGCAAAUAUAGAUCCAAGGAUAGCUGCUCCCAUUCAGUACCCCAUGGCUUCUACUUCUUCUGUUUCAGUUCCAGUACCAGUACCAGUACCAGUCGUGCAACAAGCACAACAACCAUCAGCUAUGGCCUUUCCAAGUAAUCCGUUUCAUCAACCUCAACAACCGACAUCAGUAGCAAAACACUUGGUUCCUUCAGAACCAAGCUUGCAGAGUUCUCCUGCUAGAGAGGAAGGUGAGGUACCUGAAUCAGAAUUAGAUCCAGAUACUAGGAGGAGGCUCCUCAUAUUGCAGCAUGGACAAGAUACUAGGGAUCCUGCUCCAAGUGAACCUUCAUUUCCUCAGAGACCUCCAGUUCAAGCUCCAGCCCCGCAUGUGCAAUCAAGAAAUGGUUGGUUUCCUGUUGAGGAGGAGAUGGAUCCAGCUCAAAUUCGUCGAGCAGUCUCCAAAGAAUAUCCAUUGGAUUCUGAAAUGAUUCAUAUAGAAAAGCACAGGCCUCGUCAUCCAUCAUUUUUUUCUAAGAUUGAUAACUCAACUCAGUCUGACAGGAUGCUUCAUGAGAAUCGCAGGCAGCCGAAGGAGUCGCUCCGGAGAGAUGAACAGUUACGGUCAAACAACAAUCUACCUGGCUCUCAUCCUUUCUAUGGGGAGGAUGCGUCUUGGAAUCAAUCUUCUUCUAGGAACAGUGAUCUUGACUUCCUACCUGAACGAAGUGUCUCAGCAACAGAGAGUUCAGCUGAUGUUCUACAUGGAAUCGCUAUCAAAUGUGGAACUAAGGUGGAGUACAGACCAAGUUUGGUUGCUAGUACAGAUUUGCGGUUCUCUGUUGAGGCUUGGCUUUCUAAUGAAAAAAUUGGUGAAGGGAUUGGCAAAUCGAGACGAGAAGCCCUGCACAAGGCUGCUGAAGCUUCUAUACAGAACUUAGCUGAUGUAUAUAUACGUGCAAAUGGUGACCCAGGGCCAAGCCACAGAGAUGCUAGCCCCUUCACCAAUGGAAAUAUGAUUAUGGGAAACGCAAGUGCGCUUGAUAAUCAGCCAUUUGUCAGAGAUGAAACAGCGAUGCCAGUUUCUUCUAGACCUACAGAUCCGAGAUCGGAAGGUUCUAUGAGGCACACCGGCUCCAUUACUGCGCUCAGGGAAUUGUGUGCAUCGGAGGGUUUUGAGAUGGCCUUUCAAUCUCAGCGUCCGCUUUCAUCUGACAUGGUCCACAGAGAUGAGUUACAUGCUCAGGUUGAAAUAGAUGGGCGUGUUGUAGGGGAAGGAGUUGGAUCGACAUGGGACGAAGCUAGAAUGCAGGCUGCUGAGAGAGCACUGUGUAGUGUGAGAUCAAUGCUUGGUCAACCUGUGCAUAAACGACAAGGAUCUCCACGAUCAUUUGCCGGGAUGUCAAACAAGCGUUUAAAGCCAGACUUUCAACGGUCUCUGCAACGGAUGCCAUCUUCAGGAAGAUACUCUUAAAAAUAAAACCAUGUGAAGAACAAAGCACAUUCUUGAUUCUACAUCAAUUCCAUUCUCUUGGUAAAAACAGCUACCAAAACGAAUUCUUUGUCAAGUUCCUUUCUUCGCCAAACGAUGAUCAAGACAGAGAGAGUUGGCUCUCUUGUAUUGUUGUAACAACAGUUGAGGCGGAUCACAAUUUUUGUAUCAUAAAAACUCAAGAGUUGA